AUGUCGGGAGAUCUCGUGGGAAGCAGGAUCAGCCUCAUCUCCAGGAAGGACAUCCGGUGGGAGGGCAUCCUCGUCCAGGUCGACCGCGAGAAUGCCUCGGUCACCCUACAGAACGUCAAGAGCUGGGGCACGGAGGGUCGCUUGGAGGGCGAUCAGCAGAUACCCCCCUCCGACCACCUUCACGCGUGCGUCAACUUUAGGGGGGAAGACAUCAAGGACCUGCACGUGCACGAGACGGCGGAGGCACCUGCUCCACCGCCAGCGGCACCGGUGCAGCCCCCUCCUCCUCCGGCACUCCCCGUGGCGCCGGUGGCAACUCGCGUAGCCCCCGACGUGGCGGCCGGCGGCGGAGCGGGAGGAGUGAGGGCAGCAGCGGAGAACGGAGACGUUGAGGCGGAAGACGCUCCUGGCUCUUCAACCAUGAGGGACCAGGGGCUCAAGCCCGGAAGGUACCAGCCGCCUCACAAGAAUCCCAACUGGAAGCCCCCCCCUACGGUCCAGAGGGGUCCUCCGGGCCCCGGGAGCGGAGCAGGGUCGGGCACCGGCGCCCUGCCCGGGCAGGGGAACCACCUCCUCAACAGGCGCACGCGCGGCGGCGGCGGCGGCCCUUCGGAGGCGGAGGGGGAGUUCGACUUUGAGGCUGGCCUCGCUAAGUUCGACAAGGAGAAGUCUUCCUUUUUUGACGAAAUCUCGUGCGACGCGCUUGAUGGGAGGGGCCACAUGCCCGGGGGCCGCGGCGGGGAGAGGACGCGCAACACGGAAACCUUCGGCGCGACCAGCGUAGCCCUCUCCGCGGGCAGCCGGCGCUACGGGGGCAGGGGCGGCGGCGGUGGCGGUUACAGCAGUUACAUGGGUGGGCGCAGGGGAGGAUACAACGACCGCAACGGAGGCGGCGGGGACAGCAGCUACCGGGGUCAGUACCCGCAGGGCGGGGGUCGGGGCGGCAACCGGCAGGAAUCUGGCGGCAGCUGGCGUCGCAAUUAGUUUUGUUUUAGAUGUUGCUUUUUUUCCCGCGCUACACGGCGUUGUAGAGCAAGAAAACUCGUGUAUGUCGAGGUGUGCUUGGUGCUGCCGCCGCAGCAGCUGUGGCUGUGGACUCGAGCCCUUUUGUACCGGUUUCCAACACAGCUGUUAUUGCGGGAUAGGUUGUCGAUGGUGGCAUGGUGGCAUCGUGGGGUGUUUUGCCGUACAAUCGGUCGUAUGCCAUCGCUUCGGUACAUACAAAGAAUUGCCCCCAAGUCAGAAAACUCCGGCCAUGUUUUAUCUCUCUCUCUAUCUAGAAGGUUACCGUUGUGGUAAAUAGCGUAGGCGUGAUCGCCUGCUGAAACUGCCACAUACCGCUGCUGGUGACGUCGUGGUUGCGGGUGUGGUUGUACCUCGAGGUUCGUACAACUGCCACGGAGUUGGGGCGGGGUCACCAAUAGGAGAAAGGUCAUGUUAGCUUGUGUUUAGGCACUCGAAGUCUACUUGCUUCCAGUCGCACUCCUCGCUGCUGUGGUUGGCCAUCGGUCAAAUGAGCGAGCGUUGGCUUCGCUUCACCGGAACGUUGCUGAGCGUUAUCUUUAUAAUGCUACACCCGUGUGUCACCGCUGUGGCGUGGUUUUGAUUGUGCCGCCCUCGAUCGGGGCGCCAGGAGCUUGCUAGGGCGGGCAGGAUCAUGUGCAUGCGUAGAGACGGAGAUUGGUGCGGUGGAGGAGGAGUGAUCGACCUCGAAGCUUUGGAGCACUUGCUUCCGCCAGGGGUGCGCGGCUUGCGCCCGUCAUGGCGUUCGCCGAUCGACGUGGACCAAAGCGUCUAAUAGCGACAUGUCAACGCCGAAGGGCGUGCUCUUUUUCGUUUUGCAGUCUCGAAAAAGAGAUACGGUUUUUGAUGCCCCCAGCAAAAUUCGGUGCGGUAUCUACAUAUUCUCCUGCCGUUCCAGGGUACCGUGACCGUUCCGGCAAAAAGCGCGGGACAAGCAUGGGACACCCGUAUUGUAUAUUUUUUGCCCCGAGAUCAACGAGGUCUGAGGAAGGUAGCACGCGACUAGGCGGAAGGAUGGCACCAAUAGCAGUGCUCCAUGCAACGAGCGCAAGGGUGUCGAGAGAUUGCUUCUGUGUUUUGUAUCUGCGGAGGGUGUUCGCUCACCACAUAGGGUUUCUACACGCAGUGCUUUUUUUUGCUUUCCCGUCGCGCUGGUUUAGUCAAUGCGAAGGUCAGGCGCUUGAUGGUUGCAAGGGGCUCGAGCAUUCGUACGCCCAUCGUUCCCGUUGCUGUGUCCUUGGGCGGGCUCCGAGACACAGCAACCAGCAGGUUCGCAUCUACCACACGUAGCUCUCCUCUCUCUUCGCUUCACCCUCGUCGUUGUCAAGUUUCGAGAACGCCCUUACCGGUUCUGUCCCGCACACGGUGUGUAUUGUAUCGAUGAUGAUCUUGUGAGGAUAGGGCAUGAAGAAUUAAUUAAAUUGCUUCUUCACAUCA